AUGCCGCCGAGGUCAUCUCUCACGUCGUCUUUUUCAAUCACCGAUGCGAAUAACGAAGUUGUCUGCCCGCUACGCAACCAGGAUGGCUCGAGCUGCCGCAAGCGCUGCAUCGGGGAGAAGCGCUACCGCUCAAUGCAGGAGCACAUACGCCGGGCGCACCCAGAGCACUACAUCGCCAAACUACCUGCGACCGAGGAGAGCUUCCUGGCUAUGAUCAACACCUCGCCGAGCGAACGACCCCAACCCCAGCCAACUUCGGGACCACCCCAUCACCAAGCCAAAGGGCCUAUGCACGGCUUCCGGCGAGAUGAAUCCAAUGGCCCCGGCACGCCACGGAGAUUCGAGGAUUAUUCCGGGGGAACUAUGUUUCCCGCUGCUGCAGCGCUCGCCCAGCUGCACAAUAAUCAUAAAAGCGACUCGGGGUGGGAGUCAGACCGGGAAUGGCACUCUGACACAGAAGGGGCAAGACGACGGCCGAGGUCUUCCGUCGAGUUGCCACCAAUACAAUUCUCGCCCGCGGAUAUCACCAGCGCGCCGCUUCCUGGUUUUGAUUCUCCCCGGCAGCGCGAUCUCCUUCCCUCAAUGAUAAACCGUUCACCUCCAGGGCGCUCAUCUACACUCCCGCCACUCCCCCGGCCGCUGGGGCCAGGCCGACCGCGGAAACAAUCAAUUUCCAAGCGGGGUCACCAUAGGAGGAAAUCCAAAGCGCCUGGGUCCGAUUGGCUUCGCCGCAUGCAGAACGAGGGAACUCCCGACCUAUUACGGCCCGGAGGUGGUCACGAUAGAAAGGCCCUCUCAGCCGAGCCAGGUAGUCGUUGGGAGGAUCUGAUCUAUGCGGCGGCAUCGGCAACGGAAGACAUAGAUGAGGACAGAACUCCAGUGAGUCCCAAGUUCGGUUCGGUGCUCGACCCGCGCCUGACGAACCCGAGCCAGAUGCCGCAAUCGCCCGUUUCUAUCCAGAGGUCGUCCCUGCCGCCUUUCACUCAACAGGCCUUCUCAAAUUACCGGGCAUCCCCUCUGCAACCAGCUCUCACCCCUCCAUCCUGCAACCCUGAAGCUCCUGACGCGUUCCCGUCGGUCGAGAGCGGCGAAAGCGGGAACACUUUCCAUAUCGACUCGCACGGUUUAACUUCAGACUCCUCGCCCAGCUAUUCGUCCCAGAACACGCAGAUAUACUGCGCCGCCUGCCAGAACAUUUCGCUUCUAAGGGAGUCGUACGCCUGUACCGAGUGCAUCUGCGGCCUCUGCCAAGCCUGUGUUGACGUCCUGAUAAGCGAGCAAGGCGCGCGCAGAAAAUGUCCUCGGUGUGCUACCAUAGGAGGUCGUUUUAAACCGUUCCAGCUCGAUAUUCGGUAG